GCCAAAAUGGUGCGUUUUGUUCCUUUGUUCCUGGUGUAUAUUUCGUUGCCGGCCUUUCAAGCCACAGAGCUUACAAAAUGUGAGGUGUCCCACGCCAUUAAAGACAUAGAGGGUUAUCAAGGCAUCACUUUGCUUGAAUGGGCCUGUGUUUUAUUUCAUACCAGUGGCUACGACACACAAGCUAUUGUAAAAAACAGUGACAGCACAGAGUACGGACUUUUUCAGAUCAGUAACAGAUUUUGGUGCAAGAGUCUCGAGUUUCCUGAGUCGGAGAACAUCUGUGGCAUCUCCUGCGACAAGCUCCUGGAUGAUGACCUUGCAGAUGACAUAGCGUGUGCCAAGAAGAUCCUGGCUAUCAAAGGAAUCGACAACUGGAAGGCCUACAAGCCCAUGUGCUCUGAGAAGCUCGAACAGUGGCGCUGUGAGAAGCCGUGAGCUCCGGUCCUUGCGGCUCCUGCCCGGUGUUCGGGGACGCCUCUUCCCUACGGCUACCUCAGUUUGGCUCUUUCUAUCCCCAUGAAGAUGAUCUGUCUCUGAGCCUUGUGCCCUGUAGUGACACCACUGGACUCUAGAGGACUUUUUUUGAUGGGAGUGUGACUGGCGCACUGGACUGCAAACCCUUGCUUAGUGACAGUGGCGAGGGUCUUGAUGGCGGACUCACGAAAGCAAGAGAGCCCUCUCCUGUCCUGAAUAAAGGGCCCGACUUGA